CCGGAUGUAACAAUACACCGUCGCCAUCUUUGUUUAGUUACGACUUUGUGUAUCAGUUUUGAUUCGUCUUGUUUUUCUCUAAAUGGAUCCUAAAUCACAGAUACCUCAAACUAAAGCCCAAGUCUCGUCGUCUUCUUCCAUCUCGCCAAACCAAAAUCUUCAAGUAUCGCAAAGUAAAUACGGGGAAUUAUUAGCAGUUAUAGAAGAAAUAGGAAAAGAUAUUCGACCAACUUAUGCAGGAAGCAAAAAUGCAUCCGAAAGACUAAAGAAAGGAAUUAUGCAUGCUAGAGCUCUUGUUAGGGAAUGUCUGAUUGAGACAGAGAGGUGUGCAAGGCAAUGAGAAUCUACUAUACCAAACUAGCAUAAGCAUUCCAAUAUAAGAGCAUUCCCUACCUUGAAUGAAUGAAUACUUUUAUUUGAAUYAUAUUUUGAAGGAGCAUAUCAUUAUCAUUAAAGCAAGUCCUGUAUGGAUAACAUUAACUCAUGGUAGGAAGAUGCAGUGUAGUGACUGUUAGAUCGCAAUGUCCUUGGAAGCAUUUUGACUGAAUAUUGUUCAUUCUAUGCCUCAGCAGCAUCCAUACUGAAAACUUUCCAAAGUCGUAUGUAAUGUAACAUGAAUAUUGUAUUUUUGAUGUAUCUCAGACACUAAACAAAAGUUAAUAGCAAAACUUUCCUAUCUCAAAAAGAAUCUCUAGAAUGGAGCUAUAACUGAUGAUAUGACCACAAAAUCCAAAAGAUUUAUUUAUUUAAAGACCUCAAAUAUAUGUAUCUACAGUAGAAACUAAAAAAAUAAUUUAUUAAUAUGUGGGAAUAAAUUUAUUGAUCAUU